UCACAAAUGGCUACCUUAAAUCUUUUAUUUUCAUUUGUCAUGUUCAUAGUUCAUUUGGCUUCAUCCAUGGCGGCCAAAAGGCAAUGGUUUAUAGGCACUCGAAUGGUUGACUCAAACUGGUACGAUGCACAUGCUACAUUUUAUGGUGAUAUGAAUGGUGGUGAAACCAUGCAGGGAGCUUGUGGAUAUGGCGAUCUAUUCCAGCAAGGGUACGGACUUGAGACGGCAGCCCUGAGCACAGCAUUAUUCAACAAUGGCCUCACAUGCGGAGCAUGUUUCGAGAUCAAGUGUUACAAUAACCCUCAAUGGUGUUAUCCGAAUGCCGGCACCAUCAAGGUGACUGCCACAAAUUUUUGCCCUCCGAAUUACUCGAAACCGGACGGGAAUUGGUGCAACCCGCCAUUAAAACACUUUGAUCUAUCGAUGGCGAUGUUCACGAAAUUGGCGCAAUACAGAGCCGGGAUCAUCCCCGUCAAGUAUCGACAUGUCUUGUGCUCCAAGAAAGGUGGGGUUCAGUUCCAGAUUAAGGGAAACCCUUGGUGGACACUGGUGGUGUUGUACAAUGUUGGUGGUGCUGGUGAUAUCAUGGAUGUGAAGAUCAAGGGUUCGAAGAUUGGAUCGUGGUUGCCUAUGACACGGAACUGGGGUGUGAAUUGGCAGACCGGCGAAAAUUUAAUAGGGCAAAGCUUGUCAUUUCAGGUAACUACCAGUGACGGGAAAAUGAUCGAAUUCGACAACGUUGCACCGGAAAAUUGGCAGUUUUAUCAAAAUUUUGAUGGGAAAAUAAACUUCUAGGACAAAAAUUAUGUUUAAGUGAUCUC